AUGGGAAACAGCCCCUCCACAUCAAAACCCACGAGCCAGCCGUCAUCCUCCCAAUCCAACGCCCCAGGAAGCCAAAAUGAGUCUCCACGGCCCGUGAGGCGAGAUAACAAACAUCCGAUUCCGGUACAGACUCACCGGCUCGCCGCCCCGCCCGAACCCUCCCUCACCCAAGCCCAGGGCACCGCCGUCCAGCCACCGUCCAGCAGCAGCAACCGGCCAAAAUCACUGCAGCACCGACCCCGCGCCGCAUCCCCCCCGGGUUAUUCCACCCCGUCGUCCUCGGUGACGGCUGACCGCUCCACGACGGUUGCGAAGCCCGUCGACGUCAAGCAGGGCAUACCCGGCCCCUCGCAUGAGCCCGCCAAGCCCGUGGCUGUCCCUUAUUCUCACAACUCGCCUUCGUCCCCGAGGUCGCCCCGCUCACCAAGGUCCGAAGACAUAUACGAAUCCGUCGUCAUGCCGCAUAGUAGCUUGCAAGAUAUGUCGUAUAUGACGCGCCCGCCGCGGCUGCCCCUCCCCAUCGAGGAGGAGGUUCACACGCCCGGUUCGCCGAUUAUCUCGCCUGCCGAUAUUGGACAGCCAUUGGAGGAUGUCGAGGAGUUGGAUUCGCAAGGGCUGGUGCGCCCCCCGUCAAAUGUCAGCAAUGCUUCGGUGUUGGAUGACGAUGACCCAGAGGGACUUUUGGUGGACAAGAAUAGGCCGACGGUGCCCACGAGGUUAGAAUGGAAGCGCGGAGGUGACAAGGUCUACGUUACGGGGACCAUCUUUCAGUGGAAUCGCAAGACGAGGUUACAUCCGGUCGAGGGACGGCCAGGUGUAUUUGCGACCACGAUCGACAUUCUCCCCGGCACCCACCACAUUCGAUUCUUGGUAGAUGGCCAAAUGCAGACAUCCCCCGACCUCCCAACAACUGUCGACUUUGGAAAUAACCUUGUCAACUACAUCGAAGUCAACCCAGACGACCUCCCCUCCGCCGCGGAAAGUGGUAGUGGUGCCGCGGCAGCUGGAGCUCCGGCCAAGGACGGACAGCAGACGACUGAGAGGUCGCAGAACCCCGUCUCGGAAGAGGAGUCGAACCAGCAGCAGCCAAAAGCCAGCUUCAGGGACUGUCCGCCAGCCGAGCUGUUUGCCCACAAGAUCCCAAGAUAUCUCCUCGACUUUGAUCUGCAGGAGGAUGCGCCACAGUACAAUACUGCCUGCUCGGCGAUUGAGAAGCUCCCCAUGCCACCAGCACUUCCCGGCUUCUUGGGCAAGCCGAUUUUGAACGCGGCGACGCUGAUCAAGGACGACAAUAGCGUCUUGAACAUGCCGAACCAUACGGUGUUGAAUCACUUGGCGACGAGCAGCAUCAAGAAUAACAUUUUGGCAGUUUCAGCGACGACGAGGUAUAAGAGCAAGUAUGUGACCACGAUCAUGUACAAGCCCACGACGACAGAAGGGAUCUAG